UACUUGGAUAUGUACAAAAGAUCCAUUGAAGAACCUUCAAAAUUUUGGUCCGAAAUUGCAUCAUCUGAGUUUCUAUCUGGAAAAAGGAGUGGAUCAUCAUCAAGCCGUCAUUGAAACCUUGAUAUUACCAAAGGCAAGAUUAAUAUAGAGUGGUUCAAGGGUGGCAUCACAAAUAUUUGCUAUAAUUGCAUUGAUAGAAACAUUGAAGCUGGAUUGGGAGAUAAAAUUGCAAUGUAUUGGGAGGGAAAUGAGCCUGGCUAUGAGGCUUCUUUAACCUACACCAACCUCCUCCACCAAGUUUCCCAAGUUGGUAAUUAUUUGAGAGAUAUUGGAGUUAAAAAAGGAAAUACUGUUGUGAUUUACUUACCUAUGAUUAUGGAACUUCCCAUUGCAAUGUUGGCUUGUGCUCGCAUUGGUGCCAUCCAUUCGGUUGUAUUUGCUGGAUUUUCUUCUGAAUCACUUGCUCAAAGAAUAAUUGAUUGCAAACCAAAAGCUUUGAUUACUUGCAAUGCUGCAAAAAGAGGCUCAAAAACCAUCCUUCUUAAAGACAUUGUUGAUGCUGCCCUCAUCCAAUCAGCCAAACAUGGCCAUUCUAUUGAUUCAUGUUUGGUUUAUGAAAAUAAAUCAACUUUGAAGAAAGAAAGCACCCCAUGGAAAGAAGGAAGAGAUAUAUGGUGGCAGGAUGUUAUUCCUAAAUAUUCAAAGAAUUGUGAUGUGGAAUGGGUUGAUGCUGAGGAUCCUCUUUUUUUGCUUUACACAAGUGGGAGUGCUGGAAAGCCUAAGGGUGUAGUUCAUACAACAGGUGGAUAUAUGGUGUACGUUGGAACCAGUUUCAAAUAUGUCUUUGACUAUAAACCUUUUGAUAUUUAUUGGUCCACGGCUGAUUGCGGUUGGGGUGCGGGGCACGGUUACGUGACAUAUGGGCCACUGCUUAAUGCAGCCACUAUUGUUAUUCAUGAAGGGGUUGCAAAUUAUCCAAAUUCAGGGAGGUGUUGGGAAAUAGUGGACAAAUACAAAGUCUCCGUUUUCUUCACUGCUCCCACUUUGAUCCGUUCUCUCAUGCGGGAUGGUGAUGAGCAUGUUAGGCGUUACUCUCGAAAAUCUCUACGAGUACUUGGAAGUGCAGGCGAGCCAAUUAAUCCAGCUGCAUGGAGGUGGUUUUAUAAGGUGGUGGGUGACUCUCGGUGCCCUAUUUUGGACACGUGGUGGCAAACAGAGACCGGUGCCGCCAUGAUUACUCCAAUGCCAGGGGCAUGGCCAUUGAAGCCUGGUUCUGCUACUUUCCCAUUUUUUGGAGUCCAGGCAGUGAUAGUGGAUGAAGAGGGGAAGGAAAUAGAAGGAGAAGGCAAUGGGUACUUAUGUAUAAAAGGUUCAUGGCCAGGGGCAUUGAGGACACUUUAUGGAGAUCAUGACAGAUUUGAAACCACAUAUUUCAAGCCAUUUCCAGGAUAUUAUUUCACUGGUGAUGGUUGUACCAGGGAUAAAGACGGAUACAUCUGGAUUACUGGACGAGUCGACGAUGUUCUCAAUGUUAGUGGACAUCGAAUUGGGACAGCAGAAAUAGAAUCUGCAUUAGUUUCACAUCCUCAUUGUACAGAAGCUGCAGUGAUUGGGAUUGAUCAUGAGGUUAAGGGGCAGAGUAUUCGUGCAUUUGUUACGCUAGUUGAAGGAGUUCCUCAAAGUGAAGAGCUCCGAGAAAGCCUAAUACAAACAAUUCGAACACAAAUUGGAGCAUUUGCAGCACCUGAUAAAAUACAUUGGGCAAAUGAGCUGCCAAAAACAAGGAGUGGAAAGAUAUUGAGAAGAGCUUUGAGAAAAAUUGCAUCCAAGCAGUUGGAUGAGAUUGGAGAUACCUCAACACUUGCAGAUCCUACUGUCUUGGAUCAACUUAUUGCACAAAUUGAUUCUUGA